CCAGUCGUCCGCCUGCACAUACAUCAUUUAUCCGGGGCGGACACAGGACAGGACAGCAGAGGCUGGCCGGGCUAUGGCGGCGCAGCUCGCACAUUUCGACGAUCAGUGGCCGGAUGUGAGCGACCUGACCAUGGUGUCUGACCGGGGGAUACCGCAGAAAAGCCGGGCGAGCCAGCCGGCCGAGCGUGCAGCGGAGGGCCGAGAGGACGGAGUGACUGAGCCGCACAACAAGAGAUUCCCUGCGGGGGAAACGGGAGCCCUCCGCUCCAUGGAGGACCUGGUGAACGAUUUCGACCAGAAGUUGACCGAGUGCUUCCGACAUUACAGCGGGGAGACAGACCCCGCGGCUGCGGUGAGCAUUAUUGCCGAGGACUCGCUGCUGGAGAAAGACGAAAUCUGGAACUCUUUGACCAACAACUACGGCAAGGUGAUGCCGGUGGACUGGAAGCAGUCCCGGACGUGCUCCCUUCACAUCCCCAUGUUCAACCUGGAAGAGAAGCCAAGAAUGGGCAACGUCACGGCGGAGCUGUCAGACGAUGAGGAGCUGAGGGAGCAGCUGGACAUGCACUCCAUCAUCGUUUCCUGCCUGAACGACGAGCCUCUUUUCACAGCCGAGCAGGUUAUUGAGGAGAUCGAGGAGAUGAUGCAGGACUCUCCCGACAUGGAGGCAGAGCAGAACCCGUCUCAGUCGGACCUGUCCAUGCUCUCCCUGGACGUCCAGCGCUCCAGCAGCAGCCCCAGCUUUGAGGACAGGGUGAGGGCCAUGAGCAUCGCAGAGCUGAACGAGCGUCUGGAGGAGACGGAGACGGCGAUCAGGAGGUUCUCCGAGGAGCUGAUUCAGCAUCUGGCUCUGCGGGACGAGCUGGACUUUGAGAAAGAGGUGAAGAACAGCUUCAUCUCGGUGCUCAUUGACGUGCAGAACCGGCAGAAGGAGCACCGUGAGCUGCUGAAGAAGAAGAAAAAACUUAAGAACGGAGCCGGGAGCUCCCAGGGCCGGGUGGAGAAGACACUCGCAUCACGUUUCAGCAUGGAGGGACUCUCCACUGUCAUACAAAAUGGCUUCCGGCAAACUUUUGGGAGCGGGUGCACUGAAAAACAGUAUCUGACCACCGUCAUCCCUUAUGAGAAAAAAGGACAUCCUCCCUCGAUCGAAGACCUCCAGAUCCUGACCAAGAUCCUUCAAGCCAUGAGGGACGACAGUGACAAGGUGCCCGGCCUCCUGACAGACUACAUUCUCAAAGCGCUGGUGUGAGAGCAGUGGAAGGAGAGUGCUUUGCCCAACAUAGACCAGAAGGACGGUGCCUAAACACUUUGAAGAGGCUUCACCUAGUGACUGCUGUUUACCAUGGCAAUGACAAAGAUGAAGAGGACUCGCUGUAUUUUUAUUUAUUUUUUUGCGACAUAAGCACACUUAAUUUAUUCCUGCAUGUUUUCACCUCAACUUUUUCCCUUUGUUGUAUUCUAUUCUUCUCUUGGUUGUAUUUAUUUUGUGUUGAGCAUGCCGAUUUUACAAACCUAGUGUGUUCCUGCUUAUUUACACUUUUAAUAUUCUUUCAGUGUUUUUACUUUUCUUGCACUGUAUCCUAAAAAUGAUAAAUCAUGUAAGAAAUAUAUACAGAUACUGCAGAUAAACUAAUACGGGGCUGCAGUAUUUGGAAACUGUAAGUUUUGCUGGAUAGACUUAAGAGCAAAGCUAUGCCUUUAUUUGGCAAACUCUAACUGAAGCAUUUAAUGUACAAUCAGAGUCCUCUUCAUUAGGUCCACCUGUACAAUCCAAUGCAAUGACAUUGUGGAGAAUGUGGAAAUUUAACUGUGUUUAUUAUUGAGGUUGUAGUUUGCAGAAGUCUUGUGCUAGACUACAUUAUAUUAAGAGGUGUUUGUAAUUUUUUGUCCUCCCUAUUUUUAU